GCGCUGGCUUCCCAGCCAGGAGCGCGGAGGACCCUCGUCUGAGUCGCAUGGUCGCUGGCGAUGUCCGUGCUUGUUUUUCCUCGCGAGACCGUUCUUCUUUCUCCUCGUGGAGUGUGGUCUCGGUUCCGCCCGGUUCACGCAGUAAACACCGGGGAGACGCCAGGACGAAUGAGGCGGGAGCGGGGGUUACAUGUGCUGCCCCUUGUGCCCUGGUUCCCUCGGCUAGUCUCCAUCCAAGUGUUUAAGUCAUUGUUGGAGCGUUCACCUCUUUUGUUUUUGAAGUUCACCUGGGUUCGUUCUGUAUGGCAGGGGACACUCAUGACGACAGGUGCCUUUCCGAGCAGGCCCGCUGGCUGGCUUAACGUGCUCUCAAAACAGUGUUCCAGCUCCUCUGCGGCUUCAAGUUACUUCAUAAUAAAUGAUGGUGGCGCUACCCCAGUGCAGGAUGAACGGGAUUCAGGGUCAGACGUUGAGGAUGAUGUAAAUGAGCACCACUCUGGAUCAGACACUGGAAGUGUAGAACGUCAUUCAGAGAAUGAACCUAGUGAUAGAGAAGAUGGCCUCAACAAAAGGCAUCAUGUGACAGACUCUGAGAAUGAUGACCCCUCAAAUCUUAACGCUAGUGACUCUGAAAGUGAGGAGCUGCGAAGGCGAAGAGACAGUGACUCUGAGUCAGAGGAGCACGCAGAGCCUCCUGCCAGCGGCUCUGAAGACGAGGCUGUCAAUCCGCAUGGGAGUGACUCCGAGAGUGAGGGCGCCAAGAGGGUGCCUGUCAGUGACUCUGAGAACGAGGAGCUUCUUAAUGGGCACGCCAGUGACUCUGACACUGAAGACGUCAGCAGGCGUCCUGGCAGUGAUUCCGAGGCGGAGGAGGUCCGGAAGAGUCCUGCCAGUGACUCGGAAACAGAGGAUCCUCUAAAACCUCAAGUUAGCGACUCUGAGAGUGAGGAGCCUCCAAGGCCCCAAGCCAGUGACUCUGAAAAUGAGGAGCUUCCCAAACCUCAGAUCAGUGACUCGGAAAGUGAGGGGCCUCAGAGGACUCAGGCCAGUGACUCAGAAAAUGAGGAACUUCCCCAACCUCGAAUCAGUGACUCAGAAAGUGAGGAUCCCCCAAAGCACCAAGUCAGUGACUCUGAAAAUGAAGAGCUUCCCAAACCCCGGAUCAGUGACUCAGAAAGUGAGGAUCCCCCAAAGCACCAAGUCAGUGACUCCGAAAACGAGGAGCUUCCCAAACCCCAAAUUAGUGAUUCGGAAAGUGAGGACCCUCCAAGGCACCAGGCCAGUGACUCGGAAAAUGAGGAGCGCCCCAAACCCCGUGUCAGUGACUCGGAGAGCGAGGAGCCUCGGAAGGGACCUGCCAGCGAUUCAGACACAGAGGAGGCCUCCAGACAUAAACAGAAGCCAGAGUCCGACGGUGACAGUGAUGGGGAGCAUAAAGGGGACGACAUGGAGGUGCAGAGUAACACCUUCCAUUUGGAUAGCCAUAUAGACAGGAGAAGGGUUCCCAGUUCUGACAGCGAGGAGGAAGAGUCCAAAAGGCCAAAACUUGACAGUGAUGAAGAUGAAGAGAAAGAGGGAGAGGAGGAGGAAGUAGCAAAGCGAAAAGCUGCUGUACUUUCUGAUAGUGAAGAAGAGAAGCCAUCAGCAAAGAAGAGUCGUAUUGUCUCUGAUGCAGAGGACUCUGACAGCGAUGUUAUAUCAGACAAAUCAAGCAAAAGAGAGAAGACUGCAGCAUCUGACAGUGAAGAAGCAGGGAAAGACUUAUCUGAUAAGAAAAGCGAAGAGAAGGAUCUAUUUGGGAGCGACAGUGAGUCAGGGAAUGACGAAGAAAAUCUUAUUGCAGACAUAUUUGGAGAAUCUGGUGAUGAAGAGGAAGAAGAAUUUACAGGUUUUAACCAGGAAGAUCUGGAAGAAGACAAGAGUGAAGCACAGGUGAAAGAAGCUGAAGAUUCAGAUUCUGAUGAUAACAUAAAGAGAGGAAAACAUAUGGACUUUCUGUCGGAUUUUGAGAUGAUGUUACAGCGGAAGAAGAGCAUGAGCGGUAAGCGCAGACGGAAUCGAGACGGUGGCACCUUCAUCAGCGAUGCUGACGACGUGGUGAGCGCCAUGAUUGUCAAGAUGAACGAAGCUGCUGAGGAAGACAGACAGCUUAACAAUCAAAAAAAGCCAGCACUGAAAAAAUUAACAUUAUUACCUACUGUGGUUAUGCACCUUAAGAAGCAGGACCUUAAAGAAACAUUUAUUGACAGUGGUGUGAUGUCCGCCAUCAAAGAAUGGCUCUCUCCGUUACCCGAUAGGAGUUUGCCAGCACUAAAGAUUCGAGAGGAGCUGUUGAAAAUUCUGCAAGAGCUACCUAGUGUGAGCCAGGAGACCCUGAAGCACAGUGGGAUCGGACGAGCAGUGAUGUAUCUCUAUAAGCAUCCCAAGGAGUCCAGGUCCAACAAGGACAUGGCAGGGAAACUAAUCAAUGAAUGGUCUCGGCCCAUAUUUGGUCUUACCUCAAACUACAAAGGAAUGACAAGAGAAGAAAGGGAGCAGAGAGACCUAGAGCAAAUGCCUCAACGACGAAGGAUGAGCAGCACUGGUGGUCAGACACCUCGAAGAGACCUGGAGAAGGUGCUGACUGGAGAGGAGAAGGCCCUCAGACCUGGAGACCCUGGGUUCUGUGCCCGCGCGCGAGUGCCGAUGCCUUCCAACAAGGACUAUGUGGUCCGGCCCAAGUGGAACGUGGAGAUGGAGUCGUCCCGGUUUCAGGGGACCUCCAAGAAGGGUAUCAGUCGACUGGAUAAACAGAUGAGAAAGUUCACCGAUAUCAGGAAAAAAAGCAAAUCUGCACACGCAGUGAAAAUCAGCAUCGAGGGCAAUAAAAUGCCUUUGUGACCUGCCUGGGGUGUGUCCCCAGCUCUGCUUGAAGAAACGCGCAGUGGACUCUGGAGGAAGAAGAGGGUAUUUACACUUUUUAGGGCACCUGUAGAUGGUUCAGCUCGUGUCGUAGCACUUGUCUUUCUCUCCACUGUAUUUAAACCAUUUCUUGUGUCCUUUGUACAGAAGAAUACUACUCUCUCUUCUCUAAACUUUACACAAUAAAACUCCAGUCUGGUUUUGGGAGGCUGUCUCUUCAUUGCCUUAGAGGACUCAUUAGUGGGGGUGAAAAUUGUUUCUUGGUGAAUGAGAAGGACUAUUAGAUAUUACGGUGGUUUGUGAUCUUUCCAAGUGCAGGCCUGCCUACUGUAGUGUAAUAAGGCAUUUGUCUGGUCUGUCCUGGGCUCCUGAAGAGGAGCUUCUAAAGCUUGUGGGUUUCCUGGGUGAUGGGAGUAUCUUUGUGAUUAUAAUGAGGUGACUCCUAGUGAGCCCCCAUAUAGCUUUAAGAAGGGGGUCUAGUCACCCCUUCGUAAACAGAUGAGGUCUGUUGUGGAGGGUAGGACUGGGCAGGCCUAACCUGAGAGAUGCUGAAGAUGGAGUACAAUCAUUCAGUCAUGUGGAUAAUGAUGUAAUCAGUAGUGCCUAAAUAGUGAGGCCGGUGUGGCUUAGUGGUUGAGCCUUGACCCGUGCACCAAGAAGUUGCCAG